CCCCGCUCUCCUCUGGAGCGGAGCUGACAGGCGCUCUCAGCUGGCCGCUCCGUGCCAGGGCUGCAGGGGACCGAAUGGAGACAGUGACAUCCACCCGAGCGCUCUUCGCUUUUACGCAGAAUUGACAACGAAAACAUCCGCAAGAACAUGUAGUCUUCACCGCAGUGACAGCUAAAAGCAACAGUAGAAUUAAAAUCUCGAGGUGCGUUUGUUUUUUUUUCUCUCUUUCUUCUCCGCGUUGUGUCAAACCGUUCACAGUCGAUUAGCGCCUUAAAGAAAAGUGAAAUCGAUUCUCCGCCCGCUAAUCGACGGGAUCCCCGAAUGGAAGACGGCUGAGGGAAGGUCGCCUCGCCAAGACAAGGCUGUAACAUUGUUCACUGUCGCUGUGUUUACCACGAUCCGAAACAUCAUUGGCAGCCUCGAAGGCUGCAAACGACGCCGUCUUUACCAUGGCAUUUGGCGUGAGAGAGACAGGAAACCCCUCAGAUUGAGAAGCGCCUCGGAUUCGUCAUUAUUGCGGAUUUAAAUGCCUCUCUCCAAGGGCCACCGACCCGCUAUUUUGGUCCGGUUCGCGUGUGCGGUGUCUCACGCUGUCACUAAUAAACAAUUCAUAGACUGCUAAAAAAAUAAAUAAAAUACAGACUCCAUCGGGUGGGUGAACACAAUCUACAGUCAAGAGGGUUUUUUUUUUUUUCAAGCAAUAUGGCUGGUGAGUGGGGCUGGGGACGCUGGCACAGGCUCUCCAAGGCUCCUAAAUGCUAGCUGAGGCAGAUGGCACCGUUCCCCAUGGAAGCGACAGCUCUAUGAGGACAAGCAAUAUCAAUAAUAAUAUAAAUCCGGACUCUUCAAUCUUAAUAUCCAAGAUGGAAGACGUUGUCAUCCCGUUCUCGUCUGAGGUGCCCUGCGACAAUAAUGGACAGCGCAUGUGGUGGGCAUUCCUCGCCUCAUCCAUGGUGACGUUUUUUGGGGGUCUCUUCAUCAUCCUGCUAUGGAGAACCCUCAAAUAUCUGUGGACUGUUUGCUGCCAUUGCAACAUCAAAAGCAAGGAGGCUCAGAAGGUGAACAACCCCGCCAACAAUCAGGCAGCAGACAGACCAAAGGGUGCUGAUGAGAAGACGGAAGAGGUCCCAGCCAGCGAGGUGGGAUGGAUGACUUCAGUCAAAGACUGGGCCGGUGUGAUGAUCUCCGCUCAGACACUCACUGGCAGAGUCCUGGUGGUGUUGGUCUUUGCACUCAGCAUCGGGGCCCUCGGAAUAUACUUUAUAGACUCCUCAGAUCCUAUAGAAUCCUGCCAGAACUUCUACAAAGACUUCACGUUACAGAUCGAUAUGGCCUUCAACGUCUUCUUUCUUCUUUAUUUUGGCCUGCGGUUUAUAGCAGCCAAUGAUAAGCUGUGGUUCUGGCUGGAGGUCAACUCAGUGGUCGACUUCUUCACUGUUCCUCCUGUGUUUGUCUCUGUCUACUUAAACAGAAGCUGGCUUGGUUUAAGAUUCCUAAGAGCACUAAGAUUGAUACAGUUUUCAGAAAUCUUACAGUUUUUGAAUAUCUUGAAAACAAGCAAUUCCAUCAAGCUGGUGAACCUGUGUUCCAUCUUCAUAAGUACAUGGCUCACAGCUGCUGGGUUCAUACAUUUGGUGGAAAACUCAGGGGAUCCUUGGGAAAACUUCCAGAAUUCCCAGUCACUUUCCUAUUGGGAAUGUGUCUAUUUGCUGAUGGUUACAAUGUCUACAGUGGGCUACGGGGAUGUCUAUGCAAAAACCACCUUGGGGCGCCUGUUUAUGGUCUUCUUCAUCCUCGGUGGUUUGGCCAUGUUUGCCAGCUACGUCCCUGAAAUCAUAGAGUUAAUAGGAAACCGCAAGAAAUAUGGUGGUUCCUAUAGUGCGGUUAAUGGGAGAAAGCAUAUUGUGGUCUGUGGUCAUAUUACCCUCGAAAGUGUCUCCAACUUCCUCAAAGACUUCCUACACAAGGACAGGGAUGAUGUCAAUGUAGAAAUUGUUUUUCUCCAUAAUAUUUCCCCUAAUCUUGAGCUGGAAGCCUUGUUCAAACGUCACUUUACCCAAGUAGAGUUCUACCAGGGAUCUGUUCUCAACCCUCACGAUCUGGCCAGAGUGAAGAUCGAGUCAGCAGAUGCCUGCCUUAUCCUAGCCAACAAAUAUUGUGCAGAUCCUGAUGCUGAAGACGCCUCCAACAUCAUGAGGGUUAUUUCGAUCAAGAAUUACCAUCCUAAGAUCAGAAUAAUUACACAAAUGCUACAAUAUCACAAUAAGGCCCAUCUGCUGAACAUUCCAAGCUGGAACUGGAAGGAGGGUGACGAUGCUAUCUGCCUGGCGGAGCUGAAAGCAGGCUUCAUUGCCCAGAGCUGUCUGGCCCAGGGCCUGUCCACCAUGCUAGCCAACCUCUUCUCCAUGCGAUCCUUCAUUGAGAUUGAGGAGGACACGUGGCAGAAGUAUUACCUAGAAGGAGUGGCUAAUGAGAUGUACACAGAGUAUUUGUCCAGUGCCUUUGUGGGCCUCUCCUUCCCCACUGUCUGUGAGCUGUGUUACGUGAAGCUGAAGCUGUUGCUUAUUGCCAUCGAAUACAAGUCUGAGCAGAGAGAGAGCAGAAGCCGAAAGCGCAUUCUCAUCAACCCGGGCAACCAUGUCAAGAUGCAGGAGGGAACACUGGGAUUCUUUAUCGCCAGUGAUGCCAAAGAAGUAAAGAGAGCAUUUUUCUACUGCAAAGCUUGUCAUGACGACAUCACAGACCCUAAGCGGAUCAAGAAGUGUGGCUGCAAACGACUGAUUUAUUUAAUGGAUGAAGUUAGACCGUCUUUUCAAAACCGAUCAGUUAAAACCACCGGCCUGACCUCCACCUCCAUCACCUCAAAUGCGUUCCUUCCCAGCACCCUGCACCCCAACCAGGACCCCCUGGUCAAGCCAGGCACAAUCAACAUCCCCCUUGUUAAUAACCGUAAAGGAAGUCUGCUCCCCAUGGGGCUGGGGCCUGGGGCUGACCCUUCGAAACUGCGCCUCAGUAUCUCAGGUCCAGGAGACGUGGUGGCCAGAUCCCUGGCUGAGAGUCGGCUGAACCGGGCCCGCAGUCUGCCGGUGAAAUACCGCUACCACUCCAGUAAUGCCAUGCUGCUCAGUCACAGUAGGCACUUCGAAGACGAGCAUCCAUCAACUCUCUCGCCCAAAAAAAAGCAACGCAACGGAGGGAUGCGAAACUCACCCAACUGCUCGCCCAAAAUGAUGAGUCGACACGAUCCCCUUCUAAUUCCUGGAAAUGAGCAAAUCGAGAACAUGGACAUGAACGUGAAGAGGUAUGACUCGACAGGGAUGUUUCACUGGUGCCCAUCAAAGGAGAUCGAAAAAGUAAUCCUGACUCGGAGUGAAGCCUCCAUGACAGUGCUGAGCGGCCAUGUGGUGGUCUGUAUAUUUGGGGAUGUCACGUCCGCUUUAGUGGGGCUGCGAAACUUGGUGAUGCCUUUAAGAGCCAGCAACUUCCAUUACCACGAGCUAAAGCCUAUAGUUUUUGUGGGCUCGCUGGAUUACCUGCGGAGAGAGUGGGAAACUCUACACAACUUCCCCAAGGUCUCCAUCUUACCUGGUACACCAUUAAGUCGGGCAGAUUUAAGGGCUGUCAACAUCAACCUCUGCGACAUGUGCGUAAUACUGUCAGCCAAUCAGAACAAUAUCGAAGAUGCCUCACUGCAGGAUAAGGAAUGCAUCUUGGCAUCACUCAACAUCAAAUCUAUGCAGUUUGAUGACAGCAUUGGGGUCUUACAGGCUAAUUCCCAAGGUUUCACGCCCCCUGGAAUGGACAGGUCAUCUCCAGACAGCAGUCCAGUACAUGGCUUUGUGCGUCAGGCUUCCGUCACCACCGGAUCCAACAUCCCCAUCAUCACAGAACUAGCUAAACCUGGCAAACUGCUGCCAUUGGUUUCACUCAGUCAGGAAAAAAAAAGUGGAACCAACAUACAAAUGAUAACAGAGCUGGUGAACGACUCAAACGUUCAGUUCCUGGACCAAGAUGACGAUGACGACCCAGACACAGAGCUGUACCUCACUCAGCCCUUCGCCUGCGGCACCGCCUUCGCUGUCAGUGUACUCGACUCCCUGAUGAGUGCGACAUACUUUAAUGAUAACAUCCUCACGCUGAUUCGGACCCUGGUCACAGGAGGAGCCACACCAGAGCUGGAGGGCCUGCUGGCUGAGGAGAAUGCUCUCAGAGGAGGCUACAGCACACCGCAGACACUGGCCAACAGAGACAGGUGUCGCGUUGCCCAACUAGCGCUCUACGACGGGCCAUUUGCCGACUUGGGGGAUGGUGGCUGCUACGGGGAUUUAUUCUGCAAAGCACUGAAGACGUACAACAUGCUGUGUUUUGGAAUCUACAGAUUAAGAGAUGCUCAUCUCAAUGCACCAAGCCCGUGUACAAAACGGUAUGUGAUCACGAACCCACCAUAUGAGUUUGAGCUCGUGCCCACAGACCUGAUCUUCUGCCUCAUGCAGUUUGACCACAACGCAGGCCAGUCCCGGACAAGCUUGUCCCACUCUUCCCACUCCUCCCAUUCCUCCAGCAAAAAGAGCUCCUCCGUCCACUCCAUCCCGCCCUCCAACCGGCAGAACCGCAGCAGUAAGACCCGGGAGGCCCGCGACAAACAGAAUGCAACAAGGAUGAAUAGAAUGGGCCAAGAAAAGAAAUGGUUUACAGAUGAACCAGAAAAUGCCUACCCACGGAACAUUCAGAUCAAGCCCAUGAGCACCCACAUGGCCAACCAAGUCAACCAAUACAAAUCCACUAGUAGUCUGAUUCCACCAAUCAGAGAAGUUGAAGAUGAAUGCUGAACACAGGGUUUUCUUGCUGACUCACCAGACAUCUGUACGCUCUUUUCAAAGGAGAUGGGAAGAGAUCAUCCAAGAAGGAAUAAUGAUGAUGAUGAUGAUGAUAAUGAUGAUGACAGGGAUGUUGAAGACUUCACACAUUUCUCUUCACUCAUUCUUCUAAUCAAGGGUUGGACAGGAACCCAAACUGGAAGGGACCUCCUAUGUGUAUACCUUUAAUGUUACUUCCAUGCUCUUGGACAUUGUUUUAUUUAUUAAUGUAUCCAUAGUGAUGUACAUAAUGACAAUCAAAUAAGGAUUGUACAGCCCCUUCCCCUAGCACUUUUUGGAAUUAUUUUAAGAGUUGACAAAAAAAAAAAGAGUACUUCCUGUAAUUCUUUGCAAUAGUUCACCUCUUUGUGUGACCAGACUCCAUGGCUAAGGUGGCUGGUUAUCUGAGGAUGAGGGUUGCAGCGAUAAACUGAUCAUAUCAUCUCCCAAAGAUCCACCCAGAUGCGUCACAUCAAACCAGCUGGGCUCGUCGACUUCAUAUCUCCUGUCUGCUUCUGUUCUAUUUGCACUAAAACUGAACAAGUUUCUUUUGACAGAACAACUGGAACCAUCAGAUUCCCCCUCAAUAAAACUUCACUGAGGAGAUGAAGGAAGGAGGGAAGGGAGAGAGGGCUUCUUGGCUUUCGGAGGCAUACUAAUCUUGUUCUUAGGUUGUUAUACAUCAUGUCAUUGCUUAAGGUUUGCCACUUCACCGUUGACUCGUCAUGAUGAGUGAGAGCAGUCCAGUCCUGCAGAACAAAAUCAUCUUGCAAAGCAGUAGUCUAAAAACUCAGAGAAUGGUUGCAGUGUUGGUGUUUGCUGGCUGAAAGAGAACCCUAUACCUACAUGUCUUCUGCUGAUACGUCAGAUCAUAAAGCCUGUGACUCUGUUUUAAGCUCCUAUCGCAUGUUAUGUGCCUGAGCCCCUCGAUAACAGAUACAGAGUGGUUGAUCAACCUGAAUACAUGAGAAGGAUGUAAAAAAACAACCGACCCUGUCCUCCAUGCGUUCAGGAGCAUUUACGUUAUGUACAAGCUGUGUGUGUGUGUGUGUGUGUGCGUGUGUGUGCGUGCAUCGCAGCCACUUGUCCUUCUGGUGUUGCGCUGAUCAGUGUUGUCAGCUCCUCCAUCGGCUUGUAUGUGAUGGUGCACCUUUAAAGAAACAGCAUGUGGGAUCUUUGCUCUAAAAAUAAAAGUCAUGCUAGAAAAGAACAGUAGAAGAGUCUAGAGGGUUUGGAUCUACUAACUAAAAAAUAUUAUGUUGCAUCAAAAAACAAACCCACCCAACUAUGAUUGAGCUAUCACAAACAGCAGAUGCGUGCCCGCCGUUGACACUUUGCCGUAAUAUCUGCGGCAGAAUUGGGAUCACAAAGAAGAGUGGUGCAUUUUCUGAAUGUUUUGUCUGUUACAAAAAAGUUAAUGUCUGAAGAAAGAAAUGCCACAUAUCGCAUAAAAGUGGGCAUAAAUGGGUCCUCCUUUGAUCAGAGCAACUGCCUGGCACAGGGUUGGCACAGAGGCAGUAAAGAGCUUGGAUGUUCUCUGUUGCCAAUCCAGAUGUCACACGCCCCAAAACUCUCAGGAGUUAAGCUGCUGUUUCGGUCCUCUAACACGGGGAAAUGCUCAAACAUAGUUGGGUGGAAAUGCAACACUGCCACAGACUGCUAAUAAGGACACAGGAGAGGAACCUGUGCUCUUUAUGCUAGCCUGUGUGCGAGAUGAGCGUGCACAUGUUUAGGCACUGACUAGAUCCAAAUCCAGCUGUGAUACUGAUCGAGGAUUGAGGUGGUAGCCUUGUACUACUAAUACAUAAACUUCAUACAAAUAUGUAGUUGGCUUUAUACAUUUCAACAUAAUUAUUUUGUAUCCAUAAACAUAAACAAUUUGUACUUAUUUUUCCAGAACCAAGUGUAAAGUACUAGCAGAGAUGAAAAGACUCAAAUAAUAUCUUUAAUUACAACUACAUAUCAAAGGAAUUUGUGUUGGACUAUAUCACCCUUUAUUUCACAUCGUACUAAAAACAAAAGAUUAUUUUUUUAUCCCCCUCUUUAACAAACUGCAUCACUCUGGAGCCAAUAAAGCUUAGACUAGCUUGCAUUGUGAAACCACCAUCUUCAGCCUGGCAGCUCAGCUCUGUUGAGUGCUUGUAGAAAUAAAUUAAGGGUCAUCUGAAGCCUCUUUUAGUUGCACAGAUGAGCCAUGUCUACUGAAUAAUGUGUGUACCACUAAGCAUGCCUAGCUGCGAACAUGCAGACGGAGAGAUAGGUGUAAAGGAAUUAUAUAUUUGGGGGGUAAAUGUUGUAUUUAAAUGGAGAGCAGAUCAGAGUGACGAUAAUAAUGAGAAGAUCACAGAUUCGCUCCCUCUGUGUGCAGGCCAGUACUGAAUGACCUUCAUUAGAUGUGUUUGACCUAAAUUAGGUCCCUAGUAUGGAGGAAGAGGGUGUACACUACAGCACAGUGUGCUGGUGUUUUCCACAAAAUAUGAUUUCAAAUAUGACAGGGAGACCUCUUAUAGGUUGUAAAGGAAAAGUAAUCCUAAAGAAAAAAAGAAAAGAAAAUUGAAAUAUGGAAAAGAACACAAUAUUGUGCUAAAUAUGUUAGUGUAAAUUCAACCCAUUAUAUAGACCACCUUUUUUUUUUUCAAACAAAAUGAUCUGAGCUUCAAUGUCCGUCUAUUGGGUGUGGUGCAACUAUACUGAAGCCUCAUACACAUUGUCCUGAAGUGAACUUUUGAACUGUGAUUACAUCGUUGUCACACUUUGUAGCAAAUAGAUUUCUUUUCAGAAAAUAUGUAAAAUGUAUGUAUAAUUGGGUUGUUAACAGCAAACUUGCUAGCCUGAACAAUAAGGAAAUAUUAAUAUUUGAUAAUGGCAAUGACUCAUUAUUCAUGGAAUCGACAAACUGAUUGUUAUGUUGAAAAAAAGACAAUUGCGUAUCUUGAAAAUGAAAAAAUCCUGGAUUUUUGGAGGAAUGUGGAGACCAUUAAUUAAAAGUCAGGAAGAAUUUGAUCUGGUUUAUUAGCCAUCCCAAAGAUGGAAGGUAGCACCAAUUCAGCAAAGGUUAUCAAAAGAGAGAACAUCCUUAAUUUUCCUGUUUUUAUUACUUUGUGUUAUUACGGGGUUUACAUUCCAUUUUGUCAGCUUGUCAUCUGUCACAAUCUGCCACAACUGCUUCUUAUUUGUUUACAGAGUAUUUUUUGAGGUACUUAAACAUAGCAUUGUUCAGAACUAAAACGGUACAUGCUGCAAACUGGCAUUAACAUAAACUCACAAAGUAAUGCACCAUUUGUUUUCAUGACACUUGAUUACUGUGCUUUUUCUACCUGAACCCUCAUUGUACAACUCAUUAAGGCUGGAAUUAUUUACAACACUGGACUGAAAUGUCUCUCCUUUCUACACCUUGUCAUAUGUCUCUAUUAGAUGUUUUAGGUCUUUGCAUUGUAUACCUCUAAAGUUUUUAGAGUGUUUUUGAAGUGCCAUGAAGAGUUUAUUUGAGCAAGCAUCCUUCAGUCAUUCAGGGACACAAGCUCCUUUUGUGGGAGCUGAGUCCAAGUGUUUUUCCACUGUGAGAACGGUGUCUUGUACUGACAUGGAGAACAUCCAAGCCAUCAAUGCCUCCAUGCCAGUAUAGUGCCAGGUAGUGCAGUAGGUCAAGAGGAGGGCCCAUAUUAAGUCCCACUAUAGCGACAAGUGGCAUUCAGGAGGGUGAAGGAGCUUCAGACUGCACAUACAGUCUCUGCUGUGUGCUUGGUUCCAGGUUAUCAGGUUGUGUCAUGUAGUGUAGUUAGAUAUGGAUGACUGAAAGAUGCACAUAGAGGCAAAAGCCUGUAACAUCAGAUGUGUUGUUGUCUACUGAACAAAUCAAAGACUAUGAUGCGUCAUACGUUACUGUUACGGUAUGUUGCAUUAUUUUUGUUAUUCUAUUUUUUGCUGUAAAGGAUGGAUAUAAUAACUUAUUUGGGAAUUGUACUAGAUAUAAUAGAACAUAUAAUACUUAUGGGGAUGGGAGGCGGGUCUCAAGUCUUAAUAAUACAUUAAAAUUGCAUUCAGCAAUUUUUAUGUUUUUUUUUUAAGAAACGUUGCAAUUUUUGUUAUUUCUUUUGGCUGCCUAUCAGUUCAGGAAGAAUUCAGGACAUUGCUCUUGCGUAUCACAGAUAAGAUUUGUUGGCACAUCGUCAUUUCAGCAAACAGGAGUUUGACAUAGCAGUCUAAUUAGUUUGGAUGUGUUCUAGAUAUGAUGGAUAAAUUGAUUAUUUGAUGGUGCUGAGUUGAUCUACCUGACUCUGUCAAAUAUAAUCUGCUGAUAAAUAUACUGUCUUGUACAAAAAGUUUGUACAUAGAUUGUACAUGGUUUCUUUUUGUAUUUUCUCAAAUUAAAAUGGAUGUAUUUGUGUUCUAAACCAAA